AUGGCCGCCCGAGUCCUGAACGUGAACGUGGGAGUGCUGGGCCACAUCGACAGCGGGAAGACGGCGCUGGCGCGGGCGCUCAGCACCACCGGCUCCACCGCCGCCUUCGACCGGGCGCCGCAGAGCCGCGCGCGGGGCAUCACGCUGGACCUGGGCUUCUCCUGCCUGCGCACCGAGCUGCCGCCGCAGCUGGGCCCGGGGCCCGGCGAGCUGCAGCUCACGCUGGUGGACUGCCCGGGGCACGCCUCCCUCAUCCGCACCAUCAUCGGCGGUGCCCAGAUUAUCGAUUUAAUGAUGCUUGUGAUAGAUGUGACAAAGGGGAUGCAGACACAGUCAGCAGAGUGCUUGGUAAUUGGGCAAAUUGCCUGCCAGAAGAUGGUGGUAGUCCUGAACAAAAUAGAUCUCCUUCCAGAGGGGAAGAGACAGAGUGCCAUUGAGAAGAUGACUAAGAAAAUGCAGAAGACCUUGGAAAAUACCAAAUUCUCUGGUUGUCCUAUUGUUGCUGUUGCAGCAAAGCCUGGUGGACCCGAAGCCCCAGAGUCUGAGAAUCCACAGGGUAUUUCUGAAUUAAUUGAGGUCUUGAAGUCUCAGGCUUACCUGCCAUCAAGAGACCCCUCAGGACACUUCCUUAUGGCAGUCGACCACUGUUUCUCUAUCAAGGGUCAAGGCACAGUGAUGACAGGGACUAUUCUCUCUGGCUCUGUUAGCCUUGGUGACAAUGUGGAGAUUCCUGCCCUGAAGGUGACAAAGAAGGUCAAGUCCAUGCAGAUGUUCCAUACUCCUGUGACUUAUGCAAUGCAGGGUGACAGAGUGGGUGUCUGUGUGACCCAGUUUGAUCCCAAGCUGCUGGAACGAGGCCUGAUUUGCACCCCAGAUUCACUUCACACCAUCCACGCUGCCAUCAUUUCCUUGAAGAAAAUUCAGUAUUUCCGAGGAGCUCUUCAGACUAAGGCCAAGUUCCACAUCACGGUCGGUCAUGAGACAGUGAUGGGAAGAGUGAUGUUUUUCAGUCCAGCCCCUGCUAACUUCAGUGAAGAAAUUCAAGAGAAUGUGUUUGAUUUUGAAAAAGAUUAUCUUUAUCAAGAGCAAUAUUUGUCCAAGGACUCGGUUUCUUCAGAGGAGAACAAAGAAAAUGACCAGGCAGGAGAAGUCCAGCUCCCAAAACAACAGUGGGCUUUGCUGGAGUUUGAAAAACCAGUCACUUGUCCUAAACUGUGCCUUGUGAUUGGCUCUAAGCUGGAUACAGAUAUCCAUGCCAAUACCUGCAGGCUGGCAUUCCAUGGGGUACUGCUGCAAGGCAUGGAAGACAAGAACUACACAGAGACUUUCCUUCCAAAGCUGAAAGUGUACAAACAGAAGCACAAAGAAGGACAGGUGGAAAGGGUGAUGGACGAUUACAGUGUGAUUGGUCGUUCAUUGUUUAAAAAGGAAACAAACAUCCAGAUUUUUGUGGGUCUGAAAGUGAAACUGUCUACAGGAGAAGAUGGAAUAAUAGAUGGUGGUUUUGGACAAAGUGGUAAAUUCAAAAUCCGAAUUCCAGAUGGGCUGAAGCCAGAUACCAAGAUGCUGCUAACUGCUGCCUCCAAGAAGAAAUCCAAGGGAGGGAAGGGGGAUAUGACCAAAGAGGAUGAAAGCAGCAAGAAUGAUUCAGCCCAACCUGUUACUAUCUCUCUUAUCUUUAAAAGAUAUGUUUUUGACACACAGAAGAAAAUGAUUCAAUCCUGAGGAAACAAGAGAGGCCUUUCAUUACACCCUAAAGUCCAGACCCUGAAAUGCAUUGAGGUGGAAUGUGUUUCUUGUCCAAACACCUUAAACCUGUUCCUUCGUCACAAACAGAGCCUGGAAGCUUGUGCUGACUGUGCCCCCUUCCAAAAUCUCUGCAAUCUCAUAUUUUUCUGUUCAAAUUUGCUUAUUUUGUCAUCUCUGUGAUGUGCAUCCUUGUGGCAUCUCAUCUGGCCCACCUGCCAGAGGAGCACCCCUGGGUGCACAUUCUAAUUGCACUGUUUGCCUGGAUAAUUGUGUUGAAGUUUCUCUUGAUUUAGAAGUUUGCCACCAAGUCAGGAUGUGAAUUUCAUGUGAUCCACAAAGUGAAGCUGAUUAUUUUAGGCUUACUUCCUUGAGCAGAGUGGGAGACCACAGGCAUACUAUUUAAUAGGUGAAAGCUAAAAUGGAUGUUUCACAUUCCUUCAGUUGCAAAUGUGUAAGAUGGUAUCUGAGAGAUGGUAUGGAUGUGUUUUACAAAUACAGUUUAUAUCUAGAAAUAUUUUUCAUAUUAAACAUAAUGAUCUGUGUAGCUGAGAGUCUUAAUUGUUCUGUUUGCUGUUCCAAAGGUUCAGAAUUUAUCUUCAGUGACAUUUUAUGUAACUUUUUUGAUUUUUCUGCCUGUUCUGCAAUGAAUCCUAUUCCAAAACUGUUUUCUUUUUCCUUUUUUUAUUUUUUUGUAACCAAAAUGCCUUUUGUGUGUGAAAGAAAAAGUUGCCUCUGGAAACAGUCAAGGGCUUUGUUUCAUUAAAAUAAUGAUAGAAGA